AUGCCUAACACAAGUCUUCGUCGGCCUCAGAAGGGCUUCCGGAGAGGAGGAAAGGUCGCCUAUCAUGGCAGUCGUACACGCACAUUCGCGGCCUCGUCGAGAAACGAGGCCACGUCGGCAGACGAGAAGUGGGAGCGGACUCGGUUGGCGCAUAGCAUCGAUGAGAACAUGGGCUUUGAACGCUAUGAAAGCGGAAAGAAAAGAGAAGGAUGGUUGGUAAACGUUCAACCUACUGCGGUCGAGGACGAACGGAAUUCCGGUGGUCGGGCGGCUAUAGAUUGCUACUUCAUCGAGGAAGAUGGUUCGACCUUCAAGUCGACGGUGGAAUUCGAGCCUUACUUCUUGAUUGCUGUCAGGAAGGGUCGCGAGACCGAGGUCGAAGCUUGGGUCAAGAAGGUUCCUGGAGACGGUGUCGUCAAGUCGAUUCGAAAAGUUGAGAGGGAUGAUCUCAACAUGCCCAAUCACUUGCUCGGCUACCGAAGGACAUUCCUUGAACUCAGGUUUACCAAUGUCAACGACCUCAUGGCUGCGAGGAGGGAUAUCAUGCCCAUUGCGGAGAAGAACAAGAAGAACAUGAAUGCCAUGGAUGCUUACGCCGAAGUUCAAACAAAUGGGAACGGCGAUUUUGACCUUUUUGAUGAUUCACGAGACGACGACAGAAACAUGAAUACCGCACAAUCCGAUCCCAGCGACUUUAUUGUCGAUAUUAGAGAAUAUGAUGUACCAUACCAUGUACGAGUAAUGAUAGAUUUGGAUAUACGAGCCGGUAAAUGGUACUUCGUAGAAGCCAAACAUGGCGUCACAAAGAUCUUGCCCAACGAGGAGAGAUCACUGCCGGCCGAACCCGUUGUUAUGGCCUACGAUAUUGAGACAUCGAAACAACCCCUUAAAUUUCCUGAUGCUGCCUCCGAUCAGAUCAUCAUGAUUUCUUACAUGAUCGACGGUCAAGGAUUCUUAAUUACGAAUCGUCAAAUCCUCUCCGAGGACAUUGGCGAUUUCGACUACACCCCUAAGCCAGAAUACCCGGGUCCUUUCAUGAUUUUCAAUGAGCCCGAUGAAAAGUCCGUAAUCGAGAGAUUCUUCCUCCACAUUAAGGAGGCUCGGCCAACGGUUAUCGCAACUUACAACGGUGACUUUUUCGAUUGGCCCUUUGUGGAAGCACGAGCUAGUAUCAAUGGAAUCGAUAUGUACCAAGAAAUUGGCUGGAAGAAAGACAGCGAGGAUCAGUACAAGUGUAACUACAGUGUACACAUGGACUGUUUCCAUUGGGUCAACCGAGAUUCUUACCUUCCCCAAGGUUCCCGUGGUUUGAAAGCUGUCACUGUUGCAAAGCUCGGAUACGACCCUGACGAGCUCGAUCCCGAAUUGAUGACACCGUAUGCGACUGAACGACCGCAAACACUCGCAGAGUACUCCGUUUCCGAUGCUGUUGCAACAUACUAUCUUUAUAUGAAAUAUGUCCAUCCCUUCAUCUUCUCUCUCUGUACAAUUCUGCCGCUGAGCGGUGAUGAAGUCUUGAGAAAGGGUACCGGUACACUUUGCGAAAUGCUGCUGAUGGUGCAGGCUUACCAAAGAGAAAUUGUGCUUCCGAACAAGUACAUCACACCGAAGGAAGCUUUCUGGGAUGGUCAUCUUCUCGACUCUGAAACCUACGUUGGUGGUCACGUCGAGAGUAUUGAAGCAGGAGUGUUCCGAGCUGAUAUUCCUGUGGAUUUCGCUGUUGAUCCUGGAGCUAUUGACGAGCUUCUACAUGAUCUCGAUGCCGCCCUCAAGUUUGUGAUUACCGUGGAAGAGAAUAAGAAAAUCGAGGAUGUGGAGAACUACGACGAAGUCAAGGCUCAAAUUGUCGAGAGACUCAACAAGCUGAAAGAAACGCCAAACCGUCACGAAAAGCCCUUGAUCUACCAUCUUGACGUCGCCUCUAUGUACCCCAACAUUAUGACAACCAACCGAUUGCAACCCGAUUCCAUGAUUCAGGAGUCUGAUUGCGCCGCCUGCGAUUUCAACCGACCUGGCAAGACCUGCGACAGACGAAUGCCCUGGGCUUGGAGAGGUGAAUACAUUCCAGCAAAGCGAGAUGAGUACAACAUGAUUCGGCAUGCACUUGAGAACGAGAAGUUUCCAGGAAAAUUCCCAAGCUCUCCCAUGCGGCCAUUCCAAGAACUGAGUGCAGACGAGCAAGCCAGUCUUAUUCGAAAGCGUCUCCAACUAUAUUCCCAAAAGGUUUAUCACAAGAUUCACGACUCAACUACCAUCGUUCGAGAGGCUAUCAUCUGUCAGCGAGAGAAUCCCUUUUAUAUCAACACUGUCCGCGAUUUCCGUGAUCGUCGAUAUGAUUACAAGGGCAAGGCGAAGGUAUGGAAGGGAAAGACAUCAAGUCUGCAGUCCGCCGGUGCACCUUCAACCGAAGUUGAUGCCGCAAAGAAGAUGAUUAUUCUUUACGACUCGCUACAAUUGGCUCACAAGGUUAUUCUGAACUCCUUCUACGGUUACGUCAUGAGAAAGGGAUCUCGUUGGUACUCACUUGAAAUGGCUGGUGUUACUUGUCUGACAGGUGCUCACAUUAUUCAAAUGGCUCGACAGCUAGUCGAACGACUUGGACGACCUCUGGAGCUGGAUACCGAUGGUAUUUGGUGUAUGCUUCCGGCAACAUUCCCUGAGAACUUCUCUUUCAAGAUGAAGGGCGGCAAGAAGCUCAACAUCUCAUACCCCUGUGUCAUGUUGAACCAUCUUGUCCACGCCAAAUUCACAAAUCAUCAGUACCAGACACUUGUUGAUCAGAAGACUCUCAAGUACGAGACACACAGCGAUAACUCUAUUUUCUUCGAAGUUGAUGGUCCUUACAAGGCAAUGGUUCUGCCAACAUCAAAGGAGGAAGACAAGAACUUGAAGAAGCGAUAUGCUGUCUUCAACGACGAUGGCAGUCUGGCUGAGUUGAAGGGUUUCGAGGUGAAGCGUCGUGGUGAGCUGAAGCUCAUCAAGAUCUUCCAACAGCAAAUCUUCAAAUUUUUCCUCGAAGGAGAAACGCUUGCUGACUGUUACGGAGCUGUUGCGAAGGUUGCCAACCGUUGGUUGGAUGUGUUGCAUAGCAAGGGUACAACACUGGCUGAUGAAGAGCUGAUGGAGCUUAUUUCUGAGAACCGAAGCAUGUCCAAGACUCUAGAAGAGUACGGCAACCAAAAGUCCACCAGUAUCACCACCGCCAAGCGUCUUGCGGACUUCUUAGGUGAACAGAUGGUCAAGGACAAGGGUUUGAAUUGUAAAUUCAUUAUCUGCGCUCGACCCAAGAACGCGCCUGUCACAGAACGUGCCAUUCCCGUUGCUAUCUUCUCGGCAGAGGAGUCAGUCAAGCGAGCAUACCUGAAGAAGUGGUUGAAGGAGGAGCCUACCGACACUGAUCCUCGCGCACUACUCGACUGGGACUAUUACCUGGACCGAUUAGGUUCCGUCAUUCAAAAGCUGAUCACCAUUCCUGCGGCUCUCCAGAAGGUCCGCAACCCUGUUCCUAGAGUGCCGCAUCCCGACUGGCUUCAGAGGAGGAUCAACAUCAAGGACGACAAGCUCAAGCAGAAGAAGCUCACCGACCUCUUUAAGAAGAACCCCUUGGAGGAUGCCUCAGUUGAUGACCUGGAAGACUUUGGCAGCAAGCUUCUGAAACCGAAGCAAGUUAGUGAUGUAAUUGCGUCCUCUCAAGUUGCCACUGUCCAGAAACGCAAAUCUCCUGAGCCAGCUGAGGAGCCUGAUCCCAUGUCUGCACUUCCCAAAGUCAUGCCAAGUGCUUCAGAGAACUACGAAGCGUGGCUGAUGUACCAGAAGCAGAAGUGGAAGCUUCAAAAACAGGCCAGAAUCCGUCGACGACAAUUGUUCGGUGACAGAAGAGGCGGUGCUGUUACCAACCUGCAGCAGACAUUCAUGAAGCAGGCGCACACUACCUACAUGAGCAACUGGCAGGUCUUGCAUCUCAAAACGACCGAAACGCCUGGUAUUGUCAUGGCGUAUGUCCUUAUCGAUGCCAAGAUCCACACCCUCAAGGUCAAUGUUCCUCGUCAAGUCUUCCUUAACCUCAAGAGUCAGGAUCUACCUGAUGUUGAAGUUGAGGGCUGCGAGGUCGAGCAAGUCAACUACACUUUGCCCAACGGUCACCCCUCCAGUCACCUCUUCAAGUUGACUGUAUCGGAAGAUGUAUACUUCAACGAGAGUGAGAAGUUCUCCCUGCUAUUCAACCACCCUAGUGUUGAAGGAGUCUACGAGAAGCAAGUGCCACUAAAUAUUCGUGCCGUCCUGCGUCUUGGAAACCAAUGUACAGUUGAUGCAACACAGCACGCUGUUCUUGGAAAGGGUCUUGAGCAAGGUUUUGACUUAGCAGGUCUGAAGCGACCAGCCAAAACACGAACUUAUCUCGAAACAUCACCUCUGGCUUAUAUCUACAUCUCGCACAUCACAGCUGGCGAACGCCAAAUCUUUGGUAUCUUCUCUACCACCAACGACCAAGCCCACGUUGUCAUUCUCUCAAAGAACAGGGACUCUGGACAAGAUCUUCCCAAUAUCACCAGGAUGUACUCCGAGAUGCUUGCUAGACGCCAUGCCGAAGCCGCUGGCACAAACUGGCAGGACUGCUUCACAUACCAGGAGAAGCUACACAUCAAGAUGACACAAGUGACUACUCGGCGUAAGGCUCAUCUGGAGAUCAGCGACGUUGUCAAGAAGAUGCGCAAGGACGAGCCAAGACCGCAGAUGAUGGUUAUUCAGUCCUCUCAGCGUCAGCUUCUUAUUCAUGAUGUCCCUAUCUUGGGCGAAUUCCCAGUCCUUCCCUUGAAGUACGAUAUGGCGGAUAGUUCGGUGCCACCUUUAGGUUGGCAGUCUGUUAUUGCCAAGCGUCUUGUUGGUCAUUACCUUGGUCUUGGUUCAUGGAUUCUGCACCUAACAGCGUUGGCUCGUUAUGGCGAUGUUCCUUUAUGUAACCUGGAACGUGACGAUCCUCGCUUCCUAAUCGACAUUGCUUACGCCCGUCGCCUCCAGGCCAAUGGAGUCGUGCUUUGGUGGUCUCCUGGCGCUCGUCCUGAUCAUGCUGGCUAUGAAAAAGAUGAUCUUCUCGGUCCUCUCGAUACCGUCAAGAUGCCAAACAUAAAUAACCCGGGAACUUUCUCGUCAGUUUGUAUCGAUCUGGAUGUCCGAAACUUGGCCAUCAACACUAUCCUGACCUCGUCUCUCAUCAACGAGUUGGAGGGUGCCGACUCGGUCUCUUUCAACCCUGCCGCUGAUGAUUCCGAGACACUUGCUUCUGAGAAUGCCUUCGCGAAUGCUGGUGUCCUUGUGCUUCGCGAGAUGGUCAAGGCUUGGUGGACAGAAGCUUGCAAGGGAAGCACCAUGGCUGAUGUCUUGGUGCAGCAUCUUGUCAGAUGGGUUGAGAACCCCGACUCGUUCAUGUAUGACCGAGCCCUGCACUACUAUGUGCAGAUGAUGUCUCGCAAAGCCUUCCAGCAGCUCAUGGCUGAUUUCCGUCGAGUUGGAUCUCAGGUCGUUUUUGCCAACGCUAACCGCCUUAUUCUUCAAACCACGAAGGCCGAGGUUGGCAAUGCAUACGCCUACAGCCAGUAUAUCAUCAAGUCUAUCAAGAGCAAACCACUCUUCCAUUUCAUCGAUUUGGAGAUCAAGGAGUACUGGGAUUAUCUUGUUUGGUACGAUGAGUACAACUAUGGAGGCAAAGCCACCACAGAGGUUGUCGAUGCUGAAGAGCAGAACCUUGAGACAAUUAUGAACUGGCAGAUGGCGACAUUCUUGCCAGAACAGGUCCGGCCGACGUUCCAAGACUGGGUGAUUGAGUUCAUUCAACUUAUGCACCAGCUCAAGAGACCUCACAAUGGCGACCCCGAUGCCACACCCCGCCUCACACAGUUACCAAGCAAGGGCCUAGAAGAGCAUGAAGGCCAGAUCAUCUUGGGCAAGGCGUUCGAGAAGCCUUUGAAGAAGGACAUCCUCGGUCUUCUCAACAGGCGGAAGCGCGAGAUGCUCCGGCCUGAGCUCGCUGGAGAUUGGGAUUUCCCCGAGCUUCCUGGCUCUCACCUCAACUCACGCGACCCAGUUCUCGAGCUUGUCAAAUCACUCAUGCAAGUACUCGGCCUUGACAAGAACAUCACUUUGGAAGCUCGUCUUCUUCGAAAGGAACUCCUAGCUCUAUUUGAAGUACGCGAGUUCUCGAAGGAGGGCACAUUCACCAACCCAUCAGAGAGUCUACGACUUCCUCAGGUGUCUUGUGAUAGCUGUACCAUGAUGCGAGACCUAGACUUGUGCAAAGACGAGGAUCUGUUCGGCGAAGGUGCAUCAUGGCGUUGUAACUUCUGCGGAACCGAGUUCGACCGUGUCGCCUUAGAAGAGCGCUUGUUGGGUAUAGUAGAGAGUUGGAUCGUUGAAUGGACAACACAGGAUCUUAAUGGAGAGUGGAAGGAGAUAGUAUCACGACAGGAUGUGAGCAAAAGGCUUGGAGUUAUGAAGAAGGUUGCUGGGUUUUAUGAGCUCAGGAUGCUUACUGAUGUAGUAGAAGGCUUACAUGGGGGUUUGUAA